AUGACCCGUCAAUCGCUUCUACUCUUCCAGUACUUGAUCGCACCCAUAUCUGUCGGCAUUUUUGGGAUAAUUACUAUCCCAAUUAUUUUCGAUCUCGAAAAGGGCUUUGGAAAAGACACCUUUACAAAACCGCCUUGCCGAGCUGGGAUUGAUGCCGAUAUAGGAGGAUAUGGCAUCCGCAUAGCUGUCUGGGCACAAGAAUUCGUCAUCUUCUUCAUUGCCUUGGCUGGCACAUUCCACUCAAAGGUCACUGGUGCAAAGGAAAUCGGCGCUGGCCUUAUCAUCACACACUUCUCGUUGGCUAUUGCUGUACUUGUUCAACUGAUCCAAAGUGAGAAAAAGCGCAGCAUGCUCACCCCGGCGAGUGCAAUCCUAGGUGCCAUGAUUCUCGACUCGCAGAACAUGGCUCUUUCGAUCAUCCUCAUCAACAAACAGACACUCGCAUCCAGGUGGCAAGUCGGCAUAGUGAUCUUCUGCCAGGCCAUGAGCAUGGUGCUCAUACCCAUAUUAGUUCGAGGAUUUCUCGGUACACUCUCCGAUACUUCCCUAACUCCGGAUGACAACUGCAAAUCUAUCCAAGUGUUUUGGUGGGGAAAGCUACGGAACUUCUCCUACAACGACGACCUGUCAAUCGAUUUCAAGAGAGACGAACCAAGCGUGUUUUGGUUAUACUACACAUUCAGAUGUGUUGUCUACAUUCAGAGUAGCUUUCAUGCGCUCAUGAAUACACAGAUCUUUCACAAAGCCGAGAAGAACCCAAGGGACACUCUCAAGGGCAUAACGCACCCAUCUUUGGGCGAAGACCACAACGAGGUCUCGACUUGGCGAGGCAGACUUCGAGCUUGGCUUGGAGCACACUCGCAGGACAUGAAAUUUGCCCCAUACCCAACAACGGUAUCGCUCAUGUACAUCGUUUACGGACUUUUCAUGGUUGCUGCAAUGGCCGCAGCGGAGAUAUCGAUCGGAGACAAAAAAGGCGUAUUCAAACUAGAAGGCGGUCGAGCACUAUCUGUUGGCCAGAUCGUAGCGAUUGUUGUCGCUGCUAUAACAAUUGCCCGUGGACUGUGGCUGUUCUUCAUGUUGUUCAUGGAGGGUGGAGAGAUUAGGAACAUUAAAAAAGGAUUCAGAUGGCCACUACACCUCCAGUUUAAGAACUGA